AUGCCUAAGACUGGAAAUUUGAACACACCCAUUCAGGCACAGACUCGACUAGAAACUCAGAUAAGUUCAGAUAUCGAUACGACACCUACAUCGGAAACAAAGAAUGUUACGGUUAGACAAAAACGACAUGCAUCAGGUACAGUAUCUGAAGCUACUGAAGUAUUGCACACUGACAAUUACUUGACUGAGGAAAAGCUACGUGACAUUUUAGCAGACACUAUUGCGACUAAGGUAACAGCUCAAUUAAAGUCUCUCGAAGAACAAUUUAAUGGAAUGCGCGACGCCGUGACUUUCUUCAAUCAAAAGUACGAGGAAAUGAAAACAAUGCUUGAAGAAAAAAGUAAAGUUGUUCAUGCUCUCGAGUGCGACAAUGUGAAGCUGAAAUCUACUGUCACGGAUCUUUCGAUUAGAUUAAAUUUACUAGAACAAAAUAUGAGAGAAAGCAAUAUCGAAAUUAAUGGAAUCCCGGAACACAAGGCAGAAAAUCUUACAAACACAUUUUCGCAGAUCACUAAAGUUGUAGACGCUGACAUUACUGAUGAUGAUAUAAUAGUCCACACCGAGCCGGUGAGGGAGUCGCCUUGUGCAAACAAUAGAGUCCACACCGAGCCGGUGAGGGAGUCGCCUUGUGCAAACAAUAGAGUCCACACCGAGCCAGUGAGGGAGUCGCCUUGUGCAAACAAUAGAGUCCACACCGAGCCGGUGAGGGAGUCGCCUUGUGCAAACAAUAGAGUCCACACCGAGCCGGUGAGGGAGUCGCCUUGUGCAAACAAUAGAGUCCACACCGAGCCGGUGAGGGAGUCGCCUUGUGCAAACAAUAGAGUCCACACCGAGUCGGUGAGGGAGUUGCCUUGUGCAAACAAUAGAGUCCACACCGAGCCGGUGAGGGAGUCGCCUUGUGCAAACAAUAGAGUCCACACCGAGCCGGUGAGGGAGUCGCCUUGUGCAAACAAUAGAGUCCACACCGAGCCAGUGAGGGAGUCGCCUUGUGCAAACAAUAGAGUCCACACCGAGCCGGUGAGGGAGUCGCCUUGUGCAAACAAUAGAGUCCACACCGAGCCAGUGAGGGAGUCGCCUUGUGCAAACAAUAGAGUCCACACCGAGCCGGUGAGGGAGUCGCCUUGUGCAAACAAUAGAGUCCACACCGAGCCGGUGAGGGAGUCGCCUUGUGCAAACAAUAGAGUCCACACCGAGUCGGUGAGGGAGUCGCCUUGUGCAAACAAUAGAGUCCACACCGAGUCGGUGAGGGAGACGCCUUGUGCAAACAAUAGAGUCCACACCGAGCCGGUGAAGGAGUCGCCUUGUGCAAACAAUAGAGUCCACACCGAGCCGGUGAGGGAGUCGCCUUGUGCAAACAAUAGAGUCCACACCGAGCCGGUGAGGGAGUCGCCUUGUGCAAACAAUAGAGUCCACACCGAGUCGGUGAGGGAGACGCCUUGUGCAAACAAUAGAGUCCACACCGAGCCGGUGAAGGAGUCGCCUUGUGCAAACAAUAGAGUCCACACCGAGCCGGUGAGGGAGUCGCCUUGUGCAAACAAUAGAGUCCACACCGAGCCGGUGAGGGAGUCGCCUUGUGCAAACAAUAGAGUCCACACCGAGCCGGUGAGGGAGUCGCCUUGUGCAAACAAUAGAGUCCACACCGAGCCGGUGAGGGAGUCGCCUUGUGCAAACAAUAGAGUCCACACCGAGCCGGUGAGGGAGUCGCCUUAUGCAAACAACUGCAGACUGAACGCGCCAACUAUUGCACCAUCAAGUUUCAGAAUGAUGCUUUUAAAUAAUACAUUUGAAUUUUACGUUAUUUAA